AUGGCCGCAUUUGUUCCCGUAAACCCAAAACCAUUUCUCAAUGAUCUUACGGGAAAGCCUGUGAUCGUCAAGCUCAAAUGGGGUGGCGAAUACAAGGGUUACCUCGUGUCUGUUGAUGGCUACAUGAAUCUUCAAUUGGCCAACACUGAAGAAUUCAAAGACGGUGUUUCAACAGGCACUUUGGGCGAAGUGUUGAUCAGAUGUAACAACGUUUUGUAUAUUCGCGGGGUGGACGAGGAUACGGAAAUGGAGCAGUAG